GUGUUCCCUCGUCCUCUCCUAUUAACUACCUUAUACUUAUCACUACCGGCACACAGACGUGAUUCAUUCAAACGAAGAUGUCUCAACCACAAGCUCAACCCCCCCAAUCCACGAAUCAUGAAUAUAAGAAGCUGAAAAAGUCGGACAUCUGGAAAUGGUUCAACUGUCAAUCGUCCAGGCAUGAUCAGCGACUGAUUAGGAGCAUGGUACUGAAAAUAUUGCGGGAUAACAACCUUCUCACUGCUAAAGUCAGGGAUAACGAAGACCGUCAAAACAUGGAGUUGCUACUUGAGAAUUAUAUUGAUAGGUGCCCGGGAUUGGUGCGUGAAAAGUACGAGGAGAGUCCUGAUAAGACAAUGUAUUAUCUGCGGAGCUUGAUGCUUCAGGAAAGGAGAAGCUUUAAGCACAACGCUAGGCGACAAGAAAAGAGAGAUACAACAAGAAGAAAUCACCACCGUGACGGGCUUGAUGAUACGGGUGAAGUAGACGAUUACGAUAUCAACAAUCCAGAUGAAGAUGAAGGUAAAGAGGAUGAACAGGACAGUGAAAUGGAAAGAAGAGUGGUGAUAUCUGCCAACUGUCAUAACGAUGCCACAAGCUCCCUUGCCAUCGUUCCCACCGCUGAAGAUCGCGACCGCAACUGCAGGCCAAAUGAGGAAAUGCCGACUGAAGUAGACCCACCAAGCUCCACAAAGGAUAUAUCAUCUGUAUUACCAUCCUGCGAGUCUAGGGAACGAGACUUGACAGCACAACAGCGAGGCAGGUGUGCAGUGACCCGUGUCCCGAGUGUGGCAUCAGAAGUGCAGCACAAUACUCCAGCGCAUUUCUCAGCCAACCACAUAAGAGACUACCACAGCCACGAUGCUAGACAUAAUACUGAUCCAGACUAUGCAUACGCACCGAGUUGGUCCUACUUUUUUGCGGGCUCCCAAGAGGAUGCCACAGAACAAGAGCUUGAUGCUUGCGACUACAGGGAAAACGCUGACCACAAUUUCGGCGCAAUCCUAGAGCAUCCUACCUGGCAAUCAUCCCCCAUUACUGAUAGGCGACCUGAUCUGGAUGCCCAGGUUCCGCAAGGGACUGGAUUUAGCAAUGAGAAUGAAUAUACCCAGGUACGCGGUACGCCUGGACUGGACGGGCUGGAUAGGGGGAACAACCCGGGGGAUCAAGAAAGGAGUACUGUGGAGGCAGUGCAGUUGAGCACCGGAUUGGGGACGGGCCUACAGCUCCCCCCGACCAUGUAUAGCGUCUAUGACUUCUUGCAAUACCUGCACCUCCUUCUGGGAGAGAAGCUGGAAGCCCUACGUAAACACCAGUCCCUCGAGGACGACGAACGCUCCCGUCUGCUCCAUCGCAUCCGCGAUCUCGAAGGCGAGGUUUUCGACCUCCGCCGCGGCAUCUUUAGGGAGCGUCGAGGGGACCCGGAUCAACCACCACCACACCCAUACAUGUAA